AUGAGCAGCUUGGAGAUCAAGGAAGAAAAAGUCAAGGCAGAUACCAACGGUGUUCUGAUAAACAGUGCUACUCCAGAGAAAACAGAUGAAGAAGAGAAAGAGGACAAAGCUGCCCAGCCCUCACUCAACAAGCUGAUCAGAAGCAAUCUGGUGGAUACCACAAACCAGGUGGAAAUCCUGCAGCGGGAUCCAGAUUCUCUCCUCUACUUUGUGAAGUCUUUCGAAGAGCUCCGGCUGAUACCACAGCUUCUCCAGGGUGUCUGUGCCAUGGGCUUCAAUCAACCUUCCAAGAUACAAGAGAGCGCAUUACCCAUGAUGCUUGCUGAACCUCCACAGAAACUGAUUGCCCAGUCUCAGUCUGGUACUGGUAAAACGGCUGCCUUUUUCUUGGCCAUGCUCAGCCUAGUGGAACCAGUAGACACAUUCCUGCAGUGUUUGUGCCUUUCCCCAACAUACAAGCUGGCCCUUCAAACCAGGAAAGUGAUUGAGCAGAAUGGUAAAUUCUAUCCAGAGCUAAAGCUUGCUUAUGGUGUUCGAGGCAAUAAUUUGGAAAGAGGUCACAAAAUUGGCGAGCAGAUUGUCAUUGGCACUCCUGGGACCAUGGUGGACUGGUGCUCCAAGCUCAAGUUCAUCAAACCCAAGAAGAUCAAGGUAUUUGUUCUGGAUGAGGCUGAUGUGAUGAUAGCUACUCAGGGCCACCAAGAUCAGAGCAUCCGUAUCCAGAGGAUGCUACCCAGGAACUGCCAGAUGCUUCUCUUCUCGGCCACCUUCGAAGACUCCGUGUGGAAGUUUGCCCAGAAAGUGGUCCCAGACCCAAACAUUAUCAAACUGAAGCGCGAGGAGGAGACCUUGGACACCAUCAAGCAAUAUUACGUCCUGUGCACUAACAGAGAUGAGAAGUUCCAGGCCUUGUGUAACCUCUACGGGGCCAUCACCAUUGCCCAAGCCAUGAUCUUCUGCCACGGCAAAGAGAAGGUUCUGGUGACCACCAACGUGUGUGCUCGCGGUAUUGAUGUGGAACAAUUGUCUGUCGUCAUCAACUUUGACCUUCCCGUGGACAAGGAUGGAAACCCAGACAAUGAGACUUACCUGCACCGGAUCGGGCGCACCGGCCACUUUGGCAAGAGGGGCCUGGCUGUGAACAUGGUGGACAGCAUGAACAUCCUCAACAGGAUCCAGGAGCAUUUUAAUAAGAAGAUAGAAAGACUGGACACAGAUACAGAUGACUUGGAUGAGAUUGAGAAAAUCGCCAACUGA